CUGCAUUACGCUACAAUGUCAUUUCCAUUCUGUCAUCUUCUGCCUCCCUCAUGCCUCCCUCUAAGCGGUAAUCUUCACUUGCUCUCACUGCCUCACCGCUUUCCAAACCACCACAGCGCAUCUCUCUCUCUCCCAUCGGCUUUACUUGCACCCCAGUGAAGGAUGACAUCCCUGAAUCUGAUGAAGCAGCGAAGCUCUCAUUCUGGCUGGAGGCUUCUGAGGGAGACCCCACACGAGCAGGCGCACUGGACGAGGAGCUGCCGUGUCUGAGGGGCUUCGUAGAAAACCUCUGAGAAGUCUUUGGCCUUACAGACUGGAGAUUACAUCCAUUAACUCACAAGAGAAGAGCAUCUUUUUGGAUAAAUCUUAUCACUUUCAAAACAGAAGAGUUGAGAAUCGUCGGACAAAUGUCACAGGUUGAGCAGGAGAUAUCAUUGGUCCAAAGCAAAAUGUCUGACCUUGAGUCAGUGCUGCAGCAAAAAGACAUCGAGUUGAAGGCCUCAGAGACUCAGAGGACCAUCUUGGAGCAGGACUUGGCAACUUACAUCACCGAAUGCAGCAGUCUUAAGCGCAGUUUAGAACAAGCACGUAUGGAAGUGACACAGGAGGACGAUAAGGCGCUGCAGCUCCUCCACGACAUCCGGGAGCAAAGCAACAAACUUCAGGAGAUCAAAGAACAGAUGUAUGUGAUAGGAGUGGUAGGACCACCUGCCAAGACCACCUGCCAGGACCACAUGACAGGACCACCAGACAGGACCACCUGA